CUUAAACUGGAGGAGGGAAGAUGAUGUCCUUGGAUGGACCGCAGAAGACAAUCAGUAACCCGAUGAUCCCAUAUGUUGGGACAAUACUUGGUGGCCUUGUUCCUGGAGAGCUGAUUGUGAUACAUGGGACUGUUCCUGAUGAUGCAGACAGGUUCCAGGUGGAUUUACAGUGUGGUAGCAGCAUAAAGCCUCGAGCUGAUGUGGCAUUUCAUUUCAACCCGCGCUUCAAAAGGUCUGGCUGUGUUGUUUGCAACACACUGGAGAGGGAAAAGUGGGGCUGGGAAGAGAUCACUUACGAGAUGCCCUUUCAAAAAGGAAAGUCAUUUGAGAUUGUCAUCAUGAUUUUAAAGGAUAAAUUCCAGGUGACUGUAAACAAGAAGCACUUGCUGCUCUACUACCACAGAAUUAGCCUUGAAAGAAUAGAUACUCUUGGAAUAUAUGGCAAAGUGCAGAUCAAAACUAUAGAUUUUGUUUCUAAUUCUUUACAAGGCUCUCAGCCAUCAUCUCUAAUAGUUACAAAGAUAAAUACAGAAAAUGGGGAUAUGCCAGAUGGCUCACAAUUUGAUGUUCCUUAUGUUGGGAAACUUGAUACUGCACUUUGUCCAGGAUGCACACUUGCCAUUAAAGGAGAAGUGAGUAGGAACCCAAAAAGCUUUACGAUAAAUCUGAAAUCAAGUGACUCAAAGGAUAUUGCAUUACAUCUGAAUCCCCGAGUGAAAAAUCAAGUUUUUGUAAGAAACUCAUACCUUCAUGACAGCUGGGGAGAAGAAGAAAAGGAAAUUACCAACUUCCCUUUCAGUCCAGGGAUGUACUUUGAGCUGAUCAUUUUCUGUGAUGCCCACCAGUUCAAAGUUGCUGUUAAUGGUGUUCACACACUGGAGUACAAGCAUCGUUUUAAACAACUUGAAAAGAUCAACGUAGUGGAAGUCAUGGGAGAUGUUCAGUUGCUAGAUGUGAAGAGCUGGUAGUUCUUCUCAAUCGGUACUAAAAGAAAUAAAUCUCUUCUGAGGACAGUGCCUCCUUGUCGAGUACAAACAGAUGCU